AUUUGAAUGAUCUAAGAGAAAAAAUGAUAAAACAAAGCAAUUUAAAUUAUUAUUUUCACAUUACUUUGCUAAUUAUCAUAAACCGAUUUUACAAUGGAAUUAUAAUAUCUAGUGAAUCUCAUAUAAAAUGAUUGGGGGUUAUGUGAAAGUAAAAUAUGAACAGUAAUUGGACUAAUUCCUAAUACUUGAUAAUGACCCAGAAAAUUGCCAUAUAUAAUGAUAUUUUAAUAAGAAGAAAAGAUCUUAUAAUAUAAAGAUGGAAGUGAAUAUUUAAGAGAAUCGAUAGCCAAUUGGAGAUAUCUGUAUGGAGUUAUGGAAUAGAAAACAAUGAGUCUAAUACAAGAAUAACUCAAAUAAAUCUGUAUCUGAUGG